AUGGAAACCAUCUAUCCUUACUUUUACACUAAAUCGGAGGUGAUAAAAGAAUUAGAAAGACUACAUGACCAAAAUGUAAUGGUUCCAGCAGACAAGCCUUUGUUCAAUACUAUAAACAUUCCAGUCAACCAAGGCUACACAAGAGGAGGGACACAGUUACAGAACUUCCAGAGUGUGGGACUGUCUAACUUUGCUUUUAACUCCCAAGUGACUCUGACUCAUGAUUCCUAUAUUUACAUCACUGCCAUAGCCCAGAAUUCAGCUGGUUUACAGGAUGUUUCUUAUUCAGAUAAAAUUCUGGUAGACCUUACCCCUCCCAGAAUAGAAGAAGUCCUAGAUGGUGAUUUGUUAGGAGAAGAUCUUGAUGCUUGGAAGGAGAACACUGUGUAUGUCAACUGGAAAGUGACAGAUGAUGAAUCUGGUCUGGAAUACUGUGAAUGGGCUAUAGGUUAUCAACCAAAAGGCAUUGAAGUACAAAGUUUUGAGAAAAUCAAGAUUGAUGACAGAAAAGCUUACAAAGAUUUUGAUCCAAGCCUACUUCAGGGGAAGACUGUAUACUCUACAAUACAGUGCCAGAACAAAGCAGGCUUACUGUUCAGUUUAUCAUCAAACGGAGUGACCAUAUUUGACCAGCCACCAUCAAUGGCUUCCGCUGUAAUACAGACACGACCAUUGUCAGUGACAGAGUACCCAGCUAUGGAUUAUUAUCAGAGCAUAGACAACAGUCUGAGAAUUGUAUGGAGUGGAGUGGUAGACAAGAUUGGAGUACAGCAGUACAAGAUAUCCGUGAAUAGCAACAAGUAUAAUUUGGAUGGUGAGGGACUUUCGUUUUCUGAUGCUCAAGACGUGCUCUUUGCCAGUGUAAGAAAUGUUGACCUUGGUCAAGGACAAACAAAUGUUACGCUACAGGCUAUAAAUAAACUUCUGGAGCGCAGCAUCCCUCUUCAUUAUAAUCUGACUGUGGUUACAGACAAGCCCAUGAAAGAUGCUUCUAAACAACUCUCUUUAACGUGGCAUGAUGGAAACAAAGAAUUUGUUGUAUCAUGGGAUGGAAUUUUUACCUCCAGUCAUCCACUGAGGUUUGAAGUAUCAGCUGGAACUGCAUUGGGUGGGGGUAACAUCAUCCAAUGGCAAGAGACCCGUGCCACUAGUAUAACAUUUGGACUACCAGAAUCGGUGACUGGUACUUCACGACUCAAGGUCUACAUGAUUGUUCGUGCCAUAACAGCUGGUGGAGAUUACAGUGAUAUACUUGGAACUAUCACCUUACCUGCCUAAUCAAAGGGGAGAUUCAAAUUCAACACUUUCUAUAAAAUUUUUUGAAAAAUUUAUAUAGAAUACAUGCAUAUUUUGUGUAUAAUAGACCAUGCAUUUACACAAAGGUAAUU